UCCAAAAGAGGAGACCGGAAGUUAUCGAUGGGGGUAACAUGUGUGUGCCAGGUUCCUGUGGUGGAGGGGAAGAGUGUGCAGCAGACAGUGGACCUCCUGCACAAAAAACUCGAGCAGCUGGGGGCCGUGAAACAUGGCAGCUUUUGUGUGGACUGUGAGACAUACCAGUCUACAGGCAACGCAGGAGGUCAGCCCUCUAAGCUCUUAUACGUGAUGCACAACUCUGAGGUUCCCCUGAGCUGCAUGGCCCUGUUUGAAGGAGGACCUUGCCUGACAGCGGACACUAACUUUGACGUCCUCAUGGUGAAGCUGAAGAGUCAUUUUCAGAAUGCCAAGGGACACAAGGUGGAGUGUCGGGGUUCAAGAUAUCGCUACUGUGACUUCUUGAUUAAAGUCGGCACCGUCAUAAUGAGCUCCAGCGCCAGAGGGAUAUCUGUGGAGGUUGAAUACUGCCCCUGUGUUGUCCCAGGGGACUGUUGGAACCUCAUGAGGGAGUUCAUGCAGUCUUUUCUUGGCAACAACGUUCCAGAACUUCCAACUGUCUUUGCUGCCAAACCUGAGGGUCUUUUUGCUCCGGCAGACUGCGUUGACACAAUGACUCAGUACCUGGAGUUGUUCAACAAACUUCGUAAAUUACAGAUCACGGGGAGCAAUGUCCGUUGAUACUUUAACUUUUUUUUUUAUUGAUGCCUUUAUUCUGGUCCUAUGGAUCAGCUUAAUAUUGUAGAGGUGAUGCAAACCCAUCAUUCAUUUUUCUGUAGAUUCAACUGCGCAUUAAUUUCCUUAACUUGAUGAAUUUCUUUUUUGAUAAA